GAGUUGGGUUUCGUCGCGUUUAGGUGAAUUGGUCGGAAAAUUAGGUAAAAUGUUCAUUGGGUCGAAAAACACAUCUGUCCAUGUUUUCAUUGAGCCUAAGUAACAGAUCUGAAAGAAAAACACUCUGUUUAAUGUAAAGAUCGGGUUAUGAAAUCAAUUUUAAAAUCAUCAUUAAUAACAUUGUUGUGUUUAAAAGCCACCGGAAGUCAAUUUCGCCCGUAAACAGUUAAUUAAUUUCUUAAAAAAUUUGUUUAAUGUUCUCAUCGCCGAUUCCAUCUCCAUGCGUCCGCUCGACCACCUAAAUAAGUUCUUUGUUAUAAAAAAUGGGGUGAAUGUGACGUAGUUGUGCGGUUCUUUCGUUCGGUGGUGAAUUUCCUCGCGGGUGAAAAGCGAAAAAGAAAAACCGGGGAUAACCUACAAAAAAAAAAUUCAAAAAAAAGAUGGAAAUAGACGUAACCCCGGACGUGGUUGAAAAACAAUGUAACGGGGGUGUUUCCGAACGAGAACCGGGUCCCCCAUCAAAAAACAACGCAAAUAAUAGUGCAAAAAAAAUUAUAAAUCACGCACUAAGACAACAGGCGAAACGUAGGAAAAAGAAUACGACGAUUGCGCAUCCCAGAAUUAUUGUUAAACCAUUGCCGCCUCAAGAAGAGACAGCUUUUUCGGUUGUAGUGCCUAAAACGCCAACAAUGAAAGAGGUAUUGGCUUCAAUACCCGGAUUUAGUAUAAAACCGCGAAAAAGGACAAAUAAAAAAUUAUCUACGGCCGCGCAAUUAGAACAAACUAAAGAAGGUUGCAUAGAUUUAGAAACACCUGAUUCAAUAUUAGUUAACACAAACUUACGCGCGCUUUUAAAUAAAUACACAUUCGCCUCAUUACCUUCUUUAUACCAACAAAAAUUAAUUCAAUUAUUACCUGUUGUCGAUAGACAAUCCUCAAUGUCUUCAACAGAAUCCGUUCGACUUAACGCCAGUUCUCUAAAUAACGAAUUUUUUGCUAGAGCUUGCGUUGAAUGGCAAGAACGACUUUCUGAAGGAGAAUUUACCCCGGAGAAUCAACAAAAAUUAAAAACCGAAGCGGAUAAAGAACGAUCGAAAUUAGAUCCGUGGAAAUUAAAACAUUUCGAACCAAUUUGGGGCGAUCGCACCCAAACGGAACCCAUAGAAAAACCCAAAAUUCCACCCGCCCGACCGCCAAUUAAAAUAAAAUUAAGAAACUCAACGUUAAUUAAACAAAAACCACCCCCUGUUGUAAAACGGUUAAGAACCGUAGGCGCUAUGACGAGAUCUUUAACUAAUUACAAAGACGAAUUAUUACAACAACAAGAAACGACGAAAACCAACUUUCCAAUUCCCGAUUUAUUACCGAUUAAAACUCAUAAACCACCGCAAAAACCCGAACUUGUUAUUACACCCAUCACUAAAGAACCUGAAACUAGUCCGGAAAUCGGAGAGGAUCCUUUAGAAAUACAUAACGAAAACGUCGAAUCUGUCUUAGACACGCAAGACGCAACAAUUCCCGGCGUUACAAUAAUUAAUAUCAGCGAGACUUUAAUUAAUAAAGACGAAGAGACAAUCAUUAGUUGUAAAGAAACGAGCCAAACUAAUGUCAUAAAAGCUGAGAAACGGCGUAGAAGUCAUAGUUUUGAUCCGGAUGAGAAAUCACCGAAAAGGCGGUCGUUAACACCACUUGAUGAGCAUGAAGAGAAAGGCGUUAUUCAGUUAGAUGAAAUGAUGAUUGACUCGAAAGAUUUGGCAGAACCCGAUUUAUCGAUUCAAAAAUUAGAUAAAGAUGAAACGAUGGAUGAAAAUGAAAUUAUUGAAACUGAUCGUUCUGAAACGAAUGAUUCAGAAACUAUUGAUAGAGUGUCAUCAGUGACUAAUCAAUCAGAAAUGAGUGAUAUAACAUCCGAAGCUGAUAAGUUAUCAGAAAUUGUUGAAGAUCAAUUAAAUGAGAUAAACGAAAAAGUUUUAGACACCGAAAAGCUUAUGGAACAAUCAAUUUCGUCUGAUUAUAAAUUAGAAGUUGAGGUUGAAAAAUCCGAUAAUUUAGGUUAUCAAAAACAAGCCAUUUCUUCACCAAAUAACUAUCAACCUAAUUCUCUUUAUAAUAACACCUCUAAUUACCAAGAUUUAGGAAUCGAUUUUCAAUUGUCCAACAUUAAUAUUCAAAAAUCUUCGCAGGAAACUUAUCAAAGUACAAAUUCAAAUUACCAAAACACAGCUAUCGUUGAUUUUCAAACGACCAUUUCAAAUUACCACGCUUCAAACACUAACUAUCAAUUAACAAGUAACGAAUGUUUUCAAUCGGAACAAAAUAAUUUCCAUAAAACUAAUUUCAACCAAAAAGACGACGAAUUAGAAACUAAAGUUUCGGAAUUUGUUCAAAAAUCCGAUCCGAGAAGUGCAUCACCUAAAUUAGAUUUAGACGAAACAAGUACUCAAUCGUCUAAUUCUGAAAUGACCACGUUAAUUAUUGAAACAACCACAAGUUCGGUUAUUACUGAACAAGAAUCACCUAUUUCAAAUCAAAUACCAACGCAAAUUCAAAAUCAUCAAACUCAAGUUUCAUCUCAAAUUCAAAAUCAAGUUUCAUCACAAAUUCAAAAUCAAGUUUCAUCUCAAAUUCAAAAUCAAGCUACAUCUCAAAUUCAAAAUCAAGCUACAUCUCAAAUUCAAGGUCAAGUUUCGUCCCAAAUUUCGUCUCAAAUUCAAUCUGAAAUUUCCUCUCAAAUUCAAACUGAAAUUACGAUACAAGCUAAUCAAAAAUUGGAAGAUCAACAACCCCAAGAAAUCCUCAUAAAUCAACAAGAACAACAAUCCCAAGAAAUUCAAAUUAUGAAUAACCAAUUACUCCCAAAUUCGUUGAUUCUUCAACAAGAAUCGAUUAUUUUACAAAAAGAAUGUCAAACGUAUUCAUCAUCAUCGCCGGAUUCGGAAGUUCCAGCAACUGCAAGUGGGAAUUGCUUGCAGGUAACCGCUGAAAAAUUAGAGGCAAGCGUUGAAGCUUCCGAUUUAGUUCUAUCGCAGUUUGAAUCAAAUUUCGAAACCGUUCGGAGUAUGUCCGACGAAGACACUGCGAUUGAAGAUCGUUUUAUUGACGCGGAAAAUUACGUUUUGGAAUCGGGACAAAUUUCUAUAAGUACUGGAUCACAAGAUGGUACUGAAAAGGAAAACGAAGGGAUUCAAACAAGUUUGUUUACAGUUGCAAGAGAAGACGAUUGUUGUUGGGACGUGGUUGAUUCGAGUACCGAAAAGUUACUGGAAGUUCCCAUUCACGCGUUAGGUUCGAUUCCGGUCGGUUUAGUUGGCACUGAAAAUCCAACUGAGCACGUCGAGGUGAUUCCGAUGAAAGAAGAACUUGAAGUGCGUCUACAAGAGGGUAAUUUCCCGGUUCCAAACGAUUGGCAAUACUUGAAAUUAGACACGGAAAUGGUUACAAACACCUUGGAAAGUAACGAAAAUGAAACCAACUCGUCGGAAACGAAUCAAAGUUACCAACCUUAUUCCGGAAAUCAAGUUAAAUUGGAAUUAGAGGUGACGUUAACCCCGGAAAUUGUUAGUUCGGAUAGUUUGGUGACGAGCACUGUCAGUGGUACGACUUCUUCUGGGGGAAGUAACUCGACAGUAACCCCGGCUAUAAGUAAAACGGUAACCACAGUUAUCCCACCAACUACAAUAGUUUGUUUACCUUCAGCUGUUACUACGUCUCCUGUUGUGAAUCCUCCACCAAAUUCCGUUACUCAAAAUGCAUCGUUACCGCGUCAAGGAAUGGCACAAAGUUCCAGCGCGGUUCCUUAUUUAGCUUUGAGCACCACCAGCCAACCAAUAAGAGCAGUACCGACACAUUCAACAAAAACCGCCAAAUCCAAGACGACCAACAAUAACCGCAACAGAAGUAACACAAAACCACCACCUGGAGCUGUUAAUUUAGAACGUAGCUAUCAAAUCUGUCAAGCUGUUAUUCAAAAUAGUCCCAAUCGUGAUCAGUUAAGGUGUCAGUUAAAACCACCUCCAUCAUUAUUAGCGGCCGCGGCGGCAAAUAACGCUUCAAAGAAAAGUAAUAAUAAUGAAAAUAAUAGGACGCAAUAUGGAAAUGUGUCCUCAACGAAAGCUGGAAGUAAAACGUUCACCCCACCUUUGCCAGCUACUAACGGUGGUUAUCAAAUGAUACAAGGCGGGAAUGGUGUGAAAAUGAAAAGGGGCGGAGGAGGCGGGGUGCAGUUUCAACAGAGACAACCAAGUCCACCGGUGGUUGUUAGACAUGUUUUUACCUCUGGACAAGGAAUUCCUGUUACUAUGGCUGUUUUACCGCCUACACAGGCAUUGAGCCCCGAAGUAGUUGAAGGUUCAAAUCAAAUGAAUCACCACGUGGGUCAAUACAUUCUCGUCCAAAGAGCGGCUACGGCAACUGGUGGAGGAGAUCCUCACGGAGGUGUGCCCCGUUCCUCCAGCGCGCCACCUCUCCAGCACCAAGUGGGAACGAUAAACGCAGGCCGACCUUCUCAAUUGGUUUCUGUGGGGGCUGCGGCUUCAUCCCGUAUCGGUAGACCGGCUAGUGCCGAUAUGGAAACCCAUAAAAUCCUUAAUAAUUCUAACCUCAAUAAUACUAUAAACUCCAACAACAACAUCGUUCCGGGUCCAUCAAGUGACAAUUUCGUCCAGUGUCCAAAUGCGGGCACGCAAGCUGUAACGAGAAGGCCCCGUUUUCAGCCGCAAAGCGGUGGGGUUUAUGGUGUUGAUGGCGUCGAUAAUUCAAUUCCGAAUUACACGAUCAUCGGCGCGGCUGAAGGUGGGGUUUUGGUAGAUCAUCCGGGAGCGCAAAUGCAACCACAAAUGUCGCAACAGUCCCAACAGAUCGUGGUGCAACAGAAACGACAGAUGGGGACGAUGGGGAUGGUGAAUGCGGCGCCGUUAAUGUCGGGCGGCGUGGGUGAUUCGUCUUGCGGGUGUAGCCUGAAGGCGAUGGUGGUGUGCAAAAAGUGCGGCGCGUUCUGUCACGACGAUUGUAUCGGACCGAAUAAACUGUGUCGUGUUUGUUUUAUACGGUAGGUUUAUUUUGUCUUUUUUGUGACUUUAUUUUGAAUUUUUUUACGUUUUUUUUUAUUUACUUUGAGACGAUUUCCUGUGAUUAUUUCUUUAUAAUUAAUUUUUUGAGCUUAUUGAAUUAUUGGUACUGAUUUUUUUUUUAAUGUUAUGUAUAGUCUAUUAAUUCGAGCUUCAAAUUUAUAGAUUGUGUGACAAUCUUGUAGGUUCUUUUUUCUUUCUGUUUUUUUUUUAUUAAUUUUUUUUUUCUUUAAAGGUAAGGUGAGUUUAUAAAUGUUUAUUCACUUCUGGAAAUUUUUAUUUAAAACCUUUGAUAUCCAUCAUAAACUUAAUAAGACCUCACAUAAUCUUAAUGAAACCACAACAUUUAAUAAAUAUAAUAUCUCACCUAUUCAAUAGGAGCUGUUACACCAAAUAUUGAUUUCUCAAAUUCGAGGCUGAAUUUAGAAAAGGGGAGUAAAGUAAAUCUACCAGAAAUCUUUAGUGUUUGCGUGUAACAACUCUCCAUAUCAAUUCGCAAAUGUAAAUCAUCUUAACAAGUAGAUAAACGCGUUGUCGUUUGUGCCUGAGAUUGAUCUAAAAUGUAUUUACAUAUCUCGGUUGAUUAAUCUCAGGCAAGAGACCAAAGACACCAGAUGUUUACCUUAUACAGCGAUUUAUAACUGCACAGCGAGAUGGGAUGGAUAAAUAGUAAAUAUCUGUAGAGGUGGCAUUAAAAUUAAUCUUUAUUGUACACAAGUAUUCCGUCCCCGCAGUAUUCGCCCAGCGGCUAAUACCUUCGAAGGAUCUUCAACAAUUGCCGUCCUUACUCUCAAUCAUCUUUGCCCUGGCCUAAAACCCUCUCUUUUCCUCCUUUAUCUCCUCGGCUAUCUUCCUACUCCCUCCUCUUUCUCCUCACUAAAUACUAGGAUACUUAGGGCUUCAAUUACUAGUCGGCGAUAAAUUGGCCACACUCCUCCAGCUUGGGAACCAGUGAUAUUCAUUGUUGCACUUUGUAUAAAAACUGAUCCAAAAAGCUUGUGUUGCUUUGUAUCCAUUUUUGAGUCUUAUUCCUAAUGAGACUUCAUAAAAGAAAGGCUAAAGGGUAAUGAAAUGCAGCAAUGAAACUCUUCUCUAGAAAACUAUGGUAAAAAUGUUAUUUUUGAUGUUUUAUUUCUAAUAAAACCUAACCAACGCAACUCAAAAUUACAACUUUAACAUUCUAUUUAAAGUAUAUAAAUUAUAAACUCAUCUUACAUUAUAUUCAUUAAUUUAUUAUUGGUAAAAUAUAAGCUAAAUAUUAUU